UAUAUAUAUAGAGAGAGAGAGAGUGAGAGUGAGGAAGAAGAAGAAGAAGAAGAAGAACCAGAGAAUAUUAUCUUAGAGAAGACCAAAAAUGGCACAGCUACUAUCACCACCCUCCUCCUCCGUUCUCGACGUAGCUUUAGUCGACGAUUUCUACUUCUCCUUACUCUUCGACGAACCUUCCACCGAUAUUUUACCAGUUUCCGACGCUAAAUAUGCCGAGGAGUUACAGUUCCAAGAAGCUCUCGUCUCUUCGGCCGAAGCCACCAGAAACCAAACGACGAUCGUUACUCCAUCGUUUUUUCUAAUAUCUUCUCCAUCGCCGCCGUCGAUAAUCAUCAAUGUUCAGAAACCGGUAGAAGAGAUCGGUCAAUCGUCGGAAAUAUUCUGCGAAAUCUGCACGGAGAGGAAACCGACGGACGAGAUCUUCCCCAACGCGAGUUGUACACACUCGUACUGCUCCGAUUGCAUAGGGAGACACGUGGCGAGCAAAAUCGGGGAGAGUUCGGCGGUGGCGGUUGUGGCGUGUCCUGGAUUGGAUUGCGGAGGCGUACACGAAUUGGAGAUCGAAUCGUGUCGAUCGAUUUUGCCGAAGGAAAUUGUUGAGAAAUGGGAUGAGGCUCUGUGUGAAGCUCUGUUAAUGGAGUGUGAGAAGUUUUACUGUCCGUUUAAUGAUUGUUCGGCGGUUUUGGUGAGGGAAAUUGGGGAAGAAGAGGUGAUAAUGGAGUCGGAGUGUCCGAUUUGCCAUAGAUUGUUCUGUGCGCGGUGUAAUGUGGUUUGGCAUUCGGGGAUUGGGUGUGAAGAUUACCAGAGAUUGAAUGAAGAUGAGAGAGGGAGUGAGGAUUUGAUGGUUAGAGAAAUGGCGAAUCAGAAGAAUUGGAAGAGAUGCCCUCGUUGUAAAUUCUAUGUUGAAAGAAUCGAUGGUUGUUUGCAUAUUACUUGCAGGUGUAAUUACCAGUUUUGUUAUGGAUGUGGUUCACAAUGGACUGAAACCCAUGGUAGUUGUCAAAGAAAUUAAAGACAUGACCACUUAAUUAUCACACUAUUAUGGUAACUAAAAAGAGGAAGGAAGAAGAAUAUAUUAUUGACUUGUUUCUUUUCUUACCAUAAGACUUUCUUACCAUUUUGUAUUUGUAUUUGUAUUUGAAUUUGUAUAUGUAUUUUGGUAUUUUUAGUCAUAUUUUCUAUAUAACUUAAAA